AUGUCGUCCGAUGAAGAACCGAGUACAAGUGCGCCAAGUGCAAAAAGAAGAAACUACCAACAAUUUUACAAGAAAGAAUGGGAAGAGGAAUUUCCAGGCUGGUUGCAAAUUAUGGUCCGAAAUUAUGAAAGAAAAACUAAUAGAGGAAAGUGGAGUGAAGCACAAAUGAAAUUAGCCAUUCAAGAAGUUUUGGAUGGAAAAAAGGGUUACAAAUCGGCCAGUAAGGCUUAUAAUGUUCCUCAAACAACACUCGAGCGUAAAGUUAACCAAGCAAGAAAAAGAGAAAAUAGUGUACAGAAUGUCAAGGUUCCCUUAGGUCCAAUUACAACAGUGUUUUCUGAAGAAGCAGAACAAAUACGUGUUGACUAUUUGAAGGAAAUGGAAGGAAGAUUGUUUGGUUUGUCAACAUCCGAAUUCCAGAAGUUAGCCUAUGAGUUAGCAGUUCGUAACAGACAACACAAAUUUAAUGAACUCAAGGAAAAAGCUGGUAAGGACUGGCUGCGUGGAUUUCUAAACCGUCAUCCUCAUUUGAGUUUACGAAAGCCUGAAAAUACUUCAGCGGCUCGUGCUGCUGGAUUUAAUAGUGUCGAAACAUUUUUCGAACGGCUAGGAAAAACACUUGACGAAAACCGUUUUACUCCAGACAGGAUAUAUAACUGUGACGAGACAGGUGUUUGGGUGGUGCCAAAAUCACGGUCCAAAGUGAUCGCAGCGACGGGUAAAAAGCAAGUAGGUGCUCUGACAUCGGCCGAACGAGGCACGACUAUAACGAUUGAAAUUUGUUUCAACGCUGCAGGGUCAUACCUUCCUCCAAUGUUCAUAUAUCCCAGAAAACGUAUGAAGCCCGAACUUCUCAAUGGAGCUCCACCGAACUCAUGGGCUGAAUGUUCAGAUUCUGGGUGGAUUACUGCAGAAAUUUUCUUGAAAUGCUUUCAGAAGUUUGUAAUACUCACCAACGCUUCUAAAACCAACCCAGUUAUGCUGAUUUUAGAUGGCCGCGCUACUCAUACCCAAAAUCUGCAGUUAAUCGAUGAAGCACGUAAAUACGGUGUGCCGAUAAUAUGCUUCCCACCACACACCACUCACAAACUACAGCCCGCAGAUGUUGGUUUUAUGUGGUCUUUGAGUAUAUUUUAUGAUCAGGCUCUAACAGCAUGGUUAAGAUCUAAUCCUGGGAAAGUAGUUUCGCAAUUUCAAGUGGCUGACUUCUUCGGGCAAGCGUUUAUCCGGGCAGCAACAAUGCUAACUGCAAUUAAUGCAUUCAAAGCAUGUGGGAUCUCGCCUUACAAUCCACAUAUUUUUACCGAAGAUGAUUUCAUUGCUGCAGAGGCUACCGAAAUCGAAUUGAACGCUGAAAAGGAACCCGAAGCUGAUACAACUCACUGA